UGGGACCGACAUUUUCUCAUUUCCAGCAUCCCACCUCAUGACUAUGAUGCCGGAACUGUUGGUACCCAAGUGUCGAUAGAUCAGAAUCAGAUGGUGAAAUCUCCGCCCUCUGCCGCAGCCUGCCGCCGGACCUCUAGCGCUGCUCCAAAUUUGAAAUCGUGGCAGGCUGCGUGUGGCGCUGCCAGACAAUCGCUCUCUCUCCCAAACCCGAUGAAGAGAUGAAAUUCAUCGGCAUCAUGGAUAACCGAAAGAAUAUAAAGCCGCCGCUUCCGGUGGGAUACUUCGGCAACGAUUUGAAAUUGUUGGUGGCGGUGACGACUGCGGGUGAGCUGUCAAAGAAUCCACUGCACUACGCGGUGGAGUUGGUGAGGAACACAAAACACGUAGUAGAGACUGCUGGUGAGCAGUCAAACUCAGCGGAUCUGAUGGUGAUAAGAGAUCCGCUGAGUUUGACAGCAGGGAACACUUAUAUUGUGUCGAAUAUAACGCACAUGGGUGCAGAACUAAUGGAUGUUGGGUGGGGCCCGGCGGUCUACGGUGGGGUGCGUAAAGGAGUUAAAUGGUUGACUGGUAAUACUCAAAUAGCUUGGUACUCAUGGUUUAAGGAUGGUAUCGCGGUUCCGGCUUGCCUACCUCUCAAAUCCAUGAAAGUCUUCGAGAAGCAUCUCCAGCUCAUGAUCACUACCGCACCAACGCUUAUUUUUGAGUUUUCUUUGUCGGUUAUUUCCUGGAUCGCAAAAUAAAAGUGAAACCGCAUAGGUCAUAAAUAAGUCUAUAAAUAUGUACUCUUUGUUUAUGGGUAAAUGAAUAGAAAUUUCGAAAUUAUAGACUCGAA